AAUGCAAUUGAUGAAAAAAAAAUUCGAGGAAAUGGACCAAAAAUUUGACCAAGUGUUUGCGCAAUUUGACGAAGUAAAAAAUCUUAUUCAAGAAACAUCCCUAAAAGCGCAGUAUGGAGAAUAUGAUCACACAAUAUCGGCUUUGUCUCAUCGCUUAGAACAAUUUCUAACCGCUUCAGCUGAGGCUGUAGAAGGACAGAAGGCGACAUUUAUCACUGCUUACGAGUCGUCUUACGGAAGCGCCACGUACAAACUCUGGCGCGGUAUGAUGGGGGAAACUGUUCUGUCGGAUAACAUUCUAGAAAUAGCCAUAAAAUAUACAGAAAACGACCGCGGACGAGUUCAAAAAAUGAUGAAAGGAGUUGCGAACUUAAUAUUACAGGGUGUGAAAAUCCAUUUAUUCUAUCUGAAAGCCAAAGGUCGGGAUGCCACAUAUGAAGAAGAAAAGGAAACUUGGGAAGACCAUAUCAUUCAGUUAACUGACCAUAUGCAAGAGGUAGACCAAAAAGUGACAAAUGCUUGGAAAAGUCAGUCCGUAGAAGAUUUAAGUACCAAGUUGGCUUCGUUAAAUGGCAAGAGUAACAGUGAUUUCGCUGACAAAUUCUAUGACUUUGUCAGUAAAAAAUAUGAUUGGAGGGAUUGGAACGUUGUUGUUUACAACCCAAUCAGCGGGCAAGACAAUCAUCGGAUAAGAGCGUGCAACGGGAAACAUUAUUACCGAACGCAUGGCAGAAAUGUCAUUAUGGGAAGCGUUGACCAAAGCAAAGCUGCCAUUAAUAGAGGAAUUGCCUUGGAUGUGUUCAGAAAGGCCAAAACCGUAUAUACUUAUCAAUUUAUAUUUGGCUAUCACCAGGGUCCUUGGGGAGCUACAAAUGUUUUCGAUUCACUGCCGACUCAAUUUAGGACAGGGUGCAGUCCUUAUGCGGCAGUAGGCGUCAUAGAUAAAGACGCAGGUAUUCAAUACCGGGCCCCAUUUAGGCGCCUUGCUAUCAAAACCAAUGGAGAAUACAAGCUUCAUGCGUUUGGUUAAAUAAGUGACAAACUAGCUUACGAUAAACGGUUAUGAUUUCUGUUAAUGCUUUUUUUUUCACAUAAAGUGUUUGUGGUAGUUAUGGUGUUUGGUUAUUUCUAAGGUAAAACAAAUUAAUUGAUUAAUUAAUUAAUUGGAUAAACUUUUAAACUUUCCAAGAUGUGUAUGAUUUCAAAGAUUAUAUAUAUAAUGCACAUCUA